CCCCCAAAAAUGUGACGAAGCGCGGCACAUUUACGUUGAACCUGCUCCGAGCGUUAUUAAUAAUAAGUCGCGCGCCAUCGGCCUCACGGUCUCGUCCAGUCCUCGACCUAGAUUCCGGCGAUGAAGUCUCCACCACCGUCGUCUUCCUCCUCCUCACCGAGGCGAAGCCCCUUCUCCAGCUACCUGAUCACACUCUCCUUCAUACUCUUCGUCGCGUUCCUUUACGGCGAGGACUUCGCCUGCGUUCUCCGCCACCCCUUUCACUCCUCCGAGAUCCAGGAAUACUCUGCGUCGAAAGUGAAGGAUGAUUUGGUCGCGGUGGAUGAGAAGAAGUUGGCAGUGGUGCCGUUCGCAGUGGGACGGGGGAAGAAAGGGUGCGAUUUGUUCGAAGGGGAAUGGAUCUACGACGAGGAAGGUCGGCCGCAGUACGAGGAGGAGGAGUGCCCAUACAUCCAGCCGCAGCUAACAUGCCAGGCUCAUGGUCGCCCGGACUCUGCAUACCAGCAUUGGCGAUGGCAGCCUCGCCGCUGCUAUCUUCCCAGUUUCAAUGCAACUCUGAUGCUAGAAAAUCUCCGAGGCAAGAGGAUGAUGUAUGUUGGCGACUCCUUAAAUCGUGGCCAGUUUGUCUCCAUGGUCUGCCUCUUGCACCGAAUCAUUCCUGGCAGUGCUAAAUCCAUGGAGACAUUUGAUUCCCUCACCAUCUUUAGAGCUAAGGAUUAUAAUGCCACAAUUGAGUUCUACUGGGCUCCUUUCCUUGUUGAAUCCAACUCCGACAAUGCUGUUGUGCACAGAAUUUCAGAUAGAAUAGUUCGAGUAAGAUCUAUUAACAAACAUGCUCAACAUUGGAAAGGGGCUGAUAUUAUUGUUUUCAAUACUUAUCUAUGGUGGAUGACUGGACAGAAAAUGAAGAUUCUGAGAGGGUCAUUCAAUGGUGACAUGAAGAACAUUGUUGAGAUGGAGACGGAAGAGGCAUAUCGGCUGGCUCUGAGGAGAAUGGUUAAGUGGGUAGAAAAGAACAUGGAUCCCAAUCAGACUAGAGUUUUCUUCACUAGCUUGUCACCCUCCCAUGAGAUGAGUUUGGGGUGGGGAGGAGAACCAGAUGGGAACUGUUACAAUGAAACAACUCCUAUUAAGGAUCCAAAUUACUGGGGAAGAAGCUCUAGCAAGGGAAUCAUGCGGGUCAUUCGUGAAGUUUUUGACAAAUCAAAUGUGCCAAUUACUGUUAUUAACAUCACUCAGCUUUCAGAGUACCGAAAUGAUGCACACACUUCCAUUUAUAAGAAACAAUGGAGCCCUUUGACGCCGGAGCAGCUAGCUAACCCAAAAAGCUAUGCUGAUUGUGUGCACUGGUGCUUGCCUGGACUCCAGGACACCUGGAAUGAGCUCCUCUACGCAAAACUCUUCUUUCCUUGAGAGGCAUGUUUUCUUUUUGUUCUCAUUCUUGUAGCUAUAAAUAUUUUUAUCUGAAGAAUACAACUACAGUAAGUUUCUUAUUGAUUUUCUUUAAUUGGUUGAUAGAAGGAAAUUGUUGUAAUCAUUCCGGUGAGCCAUUUCUGUAAUUAAUAGUUCUUUCAAUUAAAAUUUUGAUAAAACAUGAUAUUGUUGCUUAUAACUGAUAUGGGUACUGUCAAAAGAUUGCUAAAAUGGGCUGAUGCCUGGCUUGUGUGAGCAUAUUAUCAUACAAUGUUAAUCUCUGUUGAAUCAUAUUUGAUACUUUUGAUGCUGAAUUAUUUAGUACUACUGCUAUGUUUUAUAUUA